AUGGGUUGUUCAUCAAGUGUUUCUUCACAGCAACCAGCUUCUAGAAUAAACAAUGUACAAUCUUCGUCCGAUAAUCGAAGUACGAUCAUUGUAUAUGGCAUGCUAACAUCACCUGCUGUUCAACGUGUAUUGGCUACAUUAAUAGAAAAAGGUCUUAAGUAUGAAUUCAAACUUGUCAAUCUAAGAGCCAAUGAACAUCUGACUUCUUCCUAUUUGGAAAAACAACCAUUUGGUACCAUUCCAUUACUUGAAGAUGUUGAUGGAUUCACAAUUUAUGAAUCUCGCGCCAUUUGUCGAUAUUUGGAAAUGAAAUACAAAGGCAAAGGUACCGAAUUGAUGCCAAGAAAUAAUCCGAAAGCGGAAGGCCUUUUUGAGCAAGCUGCAUCAACUGAAUUGUGUUAUUUUGAUCCACACGCUAACAAUAUUGGCCGCGAAUUAGUAUUGAAAAAAAUGCGAGGUGGUGAACCAGAUAUGAACCAAGUAGCAGAAUUUCGACGAGAUUUGGGAGAAAAUCUCGAUGUUUACGAAAAAAUUUUAUCUGAACAAUCAUAUCUGGCUGGAAACACAUAUUCUCUUGCUGAUUUAUUCCAUGUACCAUUGGGUUUACUUCUUGUAAAAUGUGGUGAAGGUGAACUAUUCGAAACUCGACCACAUGUCAAACAAUGGUGGGAGAAGAUUUCAACACGUCAGGCAUGGAAAAAUAUUCAAGCAAUGAUAUGA